CGCUCCACUCACCGCCACCCCGGGCCAAACCCGCCCCGCCGCUCUCACUCGCUCCCCGCCUGUUUCCCCGCACGGCUCGGCCCGGACUCACACAGCGCAGCCGCUUCACACCGCGAGGAGACCCGCCAUGGAGACGGAAGGCAGCCAGAGCAGCCUGUCCACCACGGACUCCCCUCACGACCCCUGCAAGAUGUUCAUAGGUGGACUCAGCUGGCAAACAACACAAGAGGGUCUUAAGGAGUACUUCUGCAAGUACGGCGAGGUGAAGGAGUGUAUGGUGAUGCGAGAUCCAGUUACUAAGCGCUCGAGAGGGUUUGGAUUCGUCACCUUUGUUGAUCAGGCCGGUGUGGAUAAAGUUUUGGCCCAAACCAGACACGAGUUGGACUCAAAAACAAUCGAUCCAAAGGUGGCGUUCCCCCGCAGAGCUCAGCCCAAGCUGGUGACCAGAACCAAGAAGAUCUUUGUGGGCGGCCUGUCAGUGAACACAACCAUCGAGGAUGUGAAGCAGUACUUUGAUCAGUUUGGGAAGGUUGACGAUGCCAUGCUCAUGUUCGACAAGACCACCAACAGACACCGAGGGUUCGGCUUUGUGACGUUCGAGAACGAAGACGUGGUGGAGAAAGUCUGUGAGAUCCACUUCCACGAGAUCAACAACAAAAUGGUGGAGUGUAAGAAAGCCCAGCCCAAGGAGGUGAUGUCCCCCACCGGCUCGGCCAGGGGGCGCUCUCGGGUGAUGCCCUAUGGGAUGGACGCCUUCAUGCUGGGCAUCGGUAUGCUGGGUUAUCCGGGUUUCCAGACGGCCACUUACACCAGCCGGAGCUACGCUGGCAUCACUCCUGGAUACACCUACCAGUUCCCUGAGUUCCACUUAGAGAGGACUCCCCUUCUGACUUCACCCCACCCCCCUGAGCUCACAGCCAUUCCUCUCACAGCAUACGGACCAAUGGCAGCCGCAGCAGCGGCGGCGGCAGUAGUCAGAGGCUCCACCCCGUCUCGCUCGGCUGGAUUUUUAGGUACGAGCAGCCCGGGUCCGAUGGCCGACCUGUACGGGACGGCCAGCCAGGAGUCGGCCGUCAGUAGCUACCUCAGCGCUGCCAGCCCUGCACCCAGCACUGGAUUCAGCCAUAGUUUGGGGGGCCCGUUGAUUGCCACGGCCUUCACUAACGGCUAUCACUGAGAGUUGCAGAGCUGUAGACUGAGAGCUGGAAGGAGUUGAAGCUGCUGUGGAGCUGAUCUGGCCUGUCUCUGUCCGAUCCACGUCUCCAACGGGGGUGGAUAAACCUUCACCCCACACACACACAACACACACACACACACACACACACUCUGACGUCAGCCUCAUCGCCCACUCGAGUCUACGCUGACGUCGAACUAAUCGCCACCUGGACGGGGGGGAGAACAAAUUGAAAAGCUUCCAAUAAGGAGUGAAAACUGUGUAUCACUACAUGUAAUAGCAACACAAUGAGAUGCUGUAUUUGUGUGUGUGUGUGGUUUUUUUUUUCUGUUACAUUUCACGUUUAUUUUUUUUUGUGAUGGCUGAGAUAUUUCAAUAUUUGUUUUGGUUGUGUUGUUUUGUUUUGUUUUUUUUGGGUUAUUCGACCUCUUUUAACCACAUCUCUCCGAGGUGAGAGGAGUUAAAUCUCCAGCUGAAGCCUGUUUGAAGGUCAGGAGUUGUAAUAUGUACUGGAAAACUGUAAAUUUGUCACUAGUUCAUACUGAAUUUUAACAUUUCGGAUUAAUACUGUUUCUUGGAAAAUGUGUCACAAAGUGUAUAUCUUGUUAGGUUUUUGUUACACUAAUAAUGGUCAAACGACAAAGGUCAUUAGCCAGAGUUACGUAAUAGGCCUUCAUGAGGUGUACAAUUUUGUAAAAAUUUGUAAAUACGACUGGUUUCCGGGUGGGAAGGGUUUUGCUCAUUUUUGCAACGGGGACGUGGGAAGUUUUGUUUUUUUCGGGAGAAGCGGUGCGACGGCGUCUUUCGUCGUCGUCGUGCGGGAAAAGCUUGGCUGUUGCGUAUUUUUAAGUGUCACACCGAGGCGGAGAACAUUUCAGCUGACCAGCCAUACACUGUAUUUCUCUGCAGGCGUCACAGACGACGUGUCGUGCGAGUGUUUCUUGACAUUCAGGAGCUGCCUCAAAGUUAAAAACACCUCCCGAAGUUCUUUAAGCGGCCGAUUCUGCAGCAACACUUUGCGCGUUUGGGGUGUGAAAACACUCUAGGAGAGGAAGAACAAAAAAAAAAAAAAACGACAAAAAAAACAAAAAACAUGCUGUUUUCUUACUUUAUCAUGCUGUUGUUUUAAUUGCGAUUUUUUUUAAAAAAGAAAAAUGUGACGAUUGUGAAGAAAAAUGAAGGACGGAUGUGCAGGAGCAGUCAUGCACCGUGAGCAUGUCGAUGACUGGUUCCCUCUGCGGGUCAUGUCGAUGUUUGUUUCAGCAUGUUAUAUGGUUUUGUACACAUUGGUUUCCAAUGUGCUGUUUUGUUUUAUGUUUUUUUGUUUUUUUUGUGGGGUUGGUACCUCAGAUACAAAUGUGAACUUUUAAUCUGACUUUUUUUUUUUAUUAUUACAUUAACAUCUCUAUGUCAAGGUGUGGAUGGCGAGACCUUUCAGAAAGGUGACUGUUCCAUCAGGAAGUCGUGGGGUCUUAUUAUUAACUCUUGUGUUUACCUGUCGCGCCCCCUCCUCAUCCAUGGCUGCAUAUCCACUGGAGGUCACAGACAGUAGCAAUGUGACAGCUGUUUUUAGACCAAAACGAUUAUUUUCGGAGCUACUAGGACGUUGCACUGGCCGAUCACGAUAAAUGUAUUUUUCCUUUUGAAUGUUAGCGUAAGAACGAAGCACUCUCCAUUUACAAAAAAAAGACAAACAGCAGGUUUUAGUUUUGGAUGGGCGUGCUGCCGCUGCUGCAGCACACCAGACUGAUUUCACUG